CCGUUAUCAAACUUGAUGCCGUCGAAAAUAGAUUUAUAUUGAAAUUUUCUUGAUUGAGAUAGUGAGAUACGGUUCGUGUCACGGCCAGACUAUUCUGGUAGAAAUAUCCGAUAGGAACUUAAUGUAUAAUGUGAAAAUGCUGUUCUGGAAGUAUAUUGUGGCAGAAAAAGGGCGUCAACUAACAUAGGGGAGUCACCAUCCAGUCAUCGAUGACUAGAUGACAGUCAAAAUCGCCAAAAUCCCUUUAGGUUGCCUUUCUGAACUGCGUUUUCUCAAUUAAUAGAUCUCUAAACACAAUCUCAUAGCGAAAUACGAUAUCCUUUUUCUUAGCUAAAAUGAAGUCUCUCAGCCUGAUCAUUGCGUUUCUGUCGAUUCUGCGAAUCGCCAAAGGCACGUACAUUUGAUUUUGAUAUACUUAGUAAUACUGAAUAAUUACUAACCCUCCGUGAUCAGGACUGAGCAUUACCUCUCCUGUUCAAGGCCAAAAAAUCGAUAUGCAGCAAGGCCUGCCCAUCUCCUGGUCCCUCGAUGCCAAAGACAACACAUCAGGCAAUCUCACCAUUGAACUCUUUCUAGACAGCUCUUUCUUCCUCAUCUUGACACCGUCGAAGGAUGGGAUUUCUGUCACAGAUCUUAACUACACAUACAGCUACACCGGCCCGACCUACCUAGACCCACAGGAGAAAUACAAUAUCCGGCUGUACGACAAAUCUGGCCAUGAGUAUAAAACAGGCUUUUUCUCGAUAUAUGAUACAGAUCAAUUUGUCAAGUCGACGGCACUGGUUAGAACCACUCACACCCAGGCGGAUACCGCGUUCUCCAACGCGACGCCUUCCACCUCAUCUUCCGCGUCAUUUUCGAGGGUGCCUUCAACACCAGGCUCGACGCCGACGCCAACACCGACGAGUUCUCAGAGCACAGCUAACCUGUAUUACAGGAAGGAUCGCACUGGCCUUUUUUCUGGUAUAAUCAUUGGUCUCAUGGGCUCAGUUAUAUAAUGUCUCGAACAGGUGGAAGUUUUGGUCGUGUCAUCUUGUAUGCUUCUGAGUUUGCAGUGUUGGCAG